GGCGGUGUUGAUCAUGUGACCGCUACAUCUUCCUGUUUACCACUUGCACCGUGUUAGACCACUUCGAUUGCAACACACUAUUUACUGCUGAACUUUACUGGCAGCGGAGAAUAACAAAGAGUGUUUUCGAUUUUCUGUGAGAAGGAUAAUACCACCCAAACAGAUUUUUAAAGAUUUUUUUCUGCAGAUACGUGAACAUCUUUGGAAUUAACACUUGACAUUGAAAAACGUGACGAGGCCCGGGAAUCCUCGGGGUUUCCUGUGUCGCUUGCCCAAGAAUGGUCGGAUUGAGCAAACUUCUUUCCCCUUUUGUCUCAUGGUGUUCCUGAUCUUUAGCUUAUUGUACUGUGGAUGUGCGUGGCUUGUUCGAGAACACCCAACUUAAUGGCAUAACAGGUGGUAGCCUAUGCUACAAAGUAGCAAGCCGUACUUUUCACUAACGUUAGCCCAAAGAGCUAACGUGAUAAGGAACCAUAAUUUAGCUAGCCAAUUCGCUAGCUAUUCUCGAAGAGCUUACAAAGCAGUCUGUUUUUCCACUUGCCUUUUAGAAAAGACUUGGUAUUAGCUAGCCUUUCGGCUAGUUAAUACACUCCGGGUGUUAGGGGGGACGUAUCGCCGUUGCCCUGAAUUCGAGACGUGUCCCUGGCUCCGGCCGCCUCAAGCGGGCAGUCAGGAAGAAACUGGCCGGGAGGGGAUGGCCUGGUGGGUCUUCCCGGCCUCAAGGAGCAGCGGUGUUUGACGGAGGGAGCGUGCGGAUAGAAGCAACGACGGGUCGCGGCACAAUGAUGGCCGCCUCUCCAUCGGUCGCUGGUUGCCUGAGCGCAUCAGGGAUCAGCGGCCGUAAGAGCGAGGAGAUAGCAGAUCUGAUAGAUUUGUUCUCGAAGACGCAGUACAGAGCCAAGGAAAUCACUCCCAGGGUGGAAAGGAUAGAGAAGCGCUGUCUGGAGCUGUUUGGCAGAGACUACAAGUACAGCAUCAUCCAUAACACCAACGGUGAUGUUUGCGGCCACUAUCCCCGACAGAUAGUUUUUCUGGAGUAUGAGUGCACCGACCCUAAUAAAGACAGGUUUGAAACCUCUGUUCAGAUUACCAAGCUACAGGAUUUGGUGAACCGCAGCAAGAUGGCUCGAUGCAGAGGGAGGUUUGUGUGCCCAGUCAUCCUGUACAAUGGCAAGCAUGUGUGUCGCUCGUCCACUUUGGCUGGCUGGGGGGAGUUGUAUGGACGCACCGGCUACAACUACAUCUUCUCGGGUGGCACUGAUGACACGUGGGCGGAGUCUGAGGAGGUGCCAGAGGACGAGAGUGCAAGGAAUGGGGACUCCCAGCUCUUUGACAAGGUGCGCGGCUCGGACAUCAAGCUGCUGCGCUACCUCUCGGUGCGCUACAUCUGCGACCUGAUGGUGGAGAAUAAGAAGGUCAAGUUUGGCCUGAACGUCACCUCCUCUGAGAAGGUGGAUAAAGCCCAGCGCUAUGCAGACUUUACCCUGCUCUCCGUGCCUUAUCCAGGAUGUGAGUUCUUUAAGGAGUACAAAGAUCGGGAUUACACAGCGGAGGGGCUGGUGUUCAACUGGAACCAGGACUUUGUGGAUGCUCCUUUGACAAUCCCUGCUUGCUUUACCAAGAAUCUGAAUAUUGAUUGGAGGGCAUAUCAGUCAUGGGAUCUGGUUGAACAGACUCAGAACUACCUGAAGCUGCUUAUUCAUAUUAUUAACAGUGAUGAUGAGAGUGGUCUGCUGGUGCACUGCAUAUCCGGAUGGGACCGGACGCCUCUCUUCGUGUCCCUCCUGCGCCUCUCCCUCUGGGCGGACGGUGCUAUACACGCCACUUUGGAGCCCAGCGAGAUCCUGUAUCUGACCAUCGCCUAUGACUGGUUCCUCUUUGGUCACAUGCUGCCUGAUCGUCUCUCUAAAGGGGAGGAGAUUUUCUUUUUUUGCUUCAAUUUUUUGAAGCACAUUGUCUCUGAGAAGUUCUCGGCCGUAAGAAAACAGAGAAGGAAAAACUCUCACUUCAAAGACACUGAUUUCACAGUGGACGACCUCUGCCAACUCAAGUCCAGAGACCGGGGCAGCGCCACCAGCCUCAGCAGUGAUUUCUCUCUCAUCACUGAGGACUCGGCAGCCGCCACCGCCGCCGCCUCAGGCUCCAGUCUGACCAACGAGGCCGUGGACGUCUUCUACACCGCUCCACCCAGCAGCGGAAGGAAAGCCAUGAUGUCGUCACCUCAGACGGUGCUCUGGAACCGCCCACACCCGCUAGAGGAGCGGCUACCUCAUCCACUCACGGAGGGCAAGUCCUCCAGCUCCUCCUCCUCCAACCAAUCAGAGCAGGGCUUCACUCGCACUGGGAGCAGCCCAUUGGCUGUGCCGGGAAGAAGGUCUAUGGCGGAGUACGCGCGCUCCGGCUCGUCCCUCUCCACCGACUACGGCAGCUGGCAGAUCGUGUCGGGCUGUGGUAGCAUCCACGACCACGGCCCUCUCCAUGCCGAGUCGCCGCUGCCCUUCAGCUUCCAGGACGAGGGACCCAGCGGCCGCAUUGAGUAUGUGCCGGAGCGGCAGGCUCGUCUGGAGGCGGUGCGGGAGGUGUUCCUGGCGGCGUACAGCUGCACGGUGGGGCUCAAGUCCGCAGCGCCCAGCCCGUCGGGCGCCAUCUCAGGGCUCCUGGAGCAGUUUGCCCGCGGGGUGGGUCUCCGCGGUACCAACAGCAUCGUCUAAGCGCCGACCCCAGCCCACUGUUAAACCUGUCCUGUCUGGGCCUCUACCAUAGCACCUCAAGCACCUCAACCCCACCCCACACAUUCUCCAAAACCUGUACCUUCCCCCCCCCCCCCCCCCCCCCCCCAGCUCUCUAACAUUUGUUUGUGUACUUGCAUACAAAUCUCCUUUGCCCUAGCAACUUAAGAACCUCAAGAACCGACCCCCCCACCCCCGGUCUGUGUACAUGUAUACAGACCUCCUCACCUUUCUGGCCUACUGUAGCAGUCCUGUCCCACUCCUCUCCUCCUCCCCACCGGAUGGACAUGGGGUGUCUGUGUGUAAGAGAGUGAAGUGACUCAAAGACUGUUCUGAAGGAGAACAUACUCAAAUGCUGGUUUGUUAUAAUCUAUUGGAAGACAAAAAAGAGAGAAAAAAAAGUGCCAAACUUUAAACACGGGCUGUAUUUCCUUAUUAUUCUUUUAUUUUAUGUUAUGAUUUUAUUUUUUAUUUUUAUUUUAAGAUGCGCUACCUUUUAAUAUUAUUUUUUGAGGUUGCUCCAGGUCCUUUUUUCUGUUUUUCUUUGUCUCCAUGUUACACAUUUCUAUUUGAAGCACAGAGCUGGCAUGUGGAUGUUUGGGGGGGUGGUAAAGUUGGUUGGGUCAUUUGGGCUUUUUAAACAACAGCGAUCACAUCCAGCCAGAGUAUCAAAAAGGGAAGCUCUUUUCUGUCUUAGCACUAUACUUCCACUUAUAUUAAAAGAACAAGAAAUGAACAAAAAAAUCUACAUAGCAUUAACAUGAAGAAUAGCAUGAUGCUCUUACCUGAUAACCUUGACACAAUGCCUUUGUCUUGUCUCAGAACUGCCCUGACAGUUUGACUGCGUCCCAUCUCUAAGCUGCACAUAUAAGGCUGACAUCAUAGAUUUCGGUUUGAAUAUCAACAUUUACCGUCCCACUUUAUGAACUGUUUACCCCACAGUUUGCUUUUUUUUUUGUUUGGCAUUCUGUGAUCUUUGUGACCCAAGGGUUUCAGGCUGCUGUCUUUUCUAGUACUAAUGAUUUAGUGUAGAGAACACUGUUCAAAAAGGCAGCAUUUAAAAAUGUUUUCUUCCCUUCUAAGGAAACGGUUUAAGAUUUUUACAUCUAUUUAAGGGAUGGGUAAAUCUCAAAAGCUGCUAUUAGGACAUUAGAUCAUGCCCUUGAAUAGGGUAUCAUUGUAGCUGAUCUAUCUCUGCAGAUCUUACUUGACUGUCGCCUUUCAUGUCAGUGCAAUGAUGAAAGAUGUUUAUGAUGUGGAUGUCCGAGUAAGAGGUUAGUCAAGAAAUUUAAAUGUGGGCCUAUAUAGAUGUAGAUGUUUUUUGUUUUGUUUUGUUUCAAAAUGGUCACGGUCUUAUAACAUUUCUAACAUGAUUUGAAGAUCUGCAUGUUAUAAGGAAUGGAGAGAUGGGUACAGAAAGACAUGGCGCCCAUGAUGUGCACUACUGUUCAAAAGUUUGGAGUCACUUAGAAAUGUCCUUGUUUUCAUCAUUAAUGUUAUAAAUUAGAAAUUGCUGAUUUUUAAUGCAAUAUCUACAUAAGUAUACAGAUGGCCAUUAUCAGUAACCAUUCGUCCAAUGUUCCAAAGGCACAUUCUGUUAAUUCUGCAAUCAUUUUAAAAGGCUGACUGAGAAAACAUUGGAGACCCAUUUUGAAAUUAUGUAAGCGCAUACCAUAAUCUAAUCUGAAAACUGCUGCCCUGAUUGAAAAAACAAUGCUGCUGGUAUUCUGUCUAUAAUGGAGUGGAAUGGAAAUGUCUAAGUAACUCCAAACCUUUGAACGGCAGUGUAUGUAUUUCCUUUUCCAAUCUGAUCUGUCUGAAGUCUGACCUUUUUCAUAGUUCAGCUGUGAAAUAUUUUGCUGCUCUUGUCUUGCCUUUGGUUCCUCAGGUCUUCAAGCAGAGAAGUAUUUUGCUAGCCAAGCCGCAACCCCCCCCAUGCCCCCACAGUGCUUGUAGUCUCUCAAAGACUGAUCGGUCACCUCUGACUGUGUGUUGGUGCUCUUGAUGUAUCACACAUUUAGUAUACAUUCAAAAAAAGCACAAUUUCAGUGAUCAUUCAGUCGCGCUCUAUCAACUUUCAGGUUUAGUUCACAUGGCCAUGUCAAAUUAUUUUCUAAAGCCAUUCGGUUUUACUUUUCUGCUGAUACGUUUAUAUUGAUGGAUUUGUCUGUUAGAAAUAGAAAGUCCAGAGCAAGCACUUGCCUUGUGUGGUGGGGACUGGGAGAGCCAUUUUAGAUCGGCCGUGUUGGCAAUUGAAGCACUCUGGUUGCCUUGACAACAGGUUUGUUCUACUUGGUCUAUUUCUAUUACUGAAACCAUUUCUAGCAGGACACUACAGGUGGUGAUCAGGUUCCUUUUGUGCGUCCGUUUGAAAUAUUAUAUAUGCCAUAGCACUGACCCCUGGUCACUUUGGCCAUACAGCUACAAGGAAAUGAUGCUGUUGGGGUUUUUUUUUGUGAUGCAAGAGGCAUUAAUGUGGGUUUUGAGUUGUUUGCUACAUUCAGAAACAAAGGCUGACUUGAGGACUGCAGUACAUCAAGUACAACAAGUCAUCUUUAUGAAUUUUCAUAUGAUGAUGCCAAACGGUUUCUAACAGCUUCUUUACCUCAGGAUAAUUUGUUGUGCCUUUUCCUUUAGUGAAGCUAACUAUUCUUACUUAUGGCAGACAGCAACUGCUUUUCUACUACAUGUGGUUCUUGCAAUUUGCUAAAAUCCGGAUGCAAUGCUUAUCUGCGCAAAUAGACAUUUGUCACACGGUCAUUAUUCUUCAUUUUUACCUUAGCUAAACCUCUACUUGCUGUUAAUUUAAUAUUGACAAGAAGAAAAAUGGGUUCAGUCACCAGGGUGAUCCUGAAAGGUGUGUGUCUGCGUGUGUGUGUGUGUGUGUGUGUGCGCGCGCGCUUGGUUGGUUGUGACUUUGCGGUUGUCUGUGUUUGUUGUCUUUGACUUCUCUAGUUUCAACCUAAGAAACAUUUUAUUUUUGGUUGCUAUCCAAAGUGAGUCCGAAAGUAAAUGUUUCAUGUUUCCAACAAGAUCAACAUACUAUCUGGAACGAAGGGAACCUUGAACUUACAAUGAUGAUCUAUCUGAUCCACAUCUAUGUGAUAUGUCAAUCAAGGCAGUGAGUUGUCUACCUUAAUCUCAGGAUGAACCCUAAAAUGCUAAGUGUUCUAUCCUUUCCCCUCAAUCCAUCAUUAUUUUGUGCCGCUUUAAUUUACUUAGAACACAAUUUUUUAAUCCUCAUUUAUUUGUGUUUUGGCAUAUACCAGAUCCCUCCAAGUCUUCAAUAUCAGAAAGCCCAAUUAAAUCUUGCUGGCUUUAUAAAAAAAAUAUAUAAUAAUUGCAUAUUGGGAGGGGGAAAAGAAUUUGGAGUUCUAUUGGUGACUGAACUUUUGAUUGACGUUCUUACACUGUCAAGGUGAAUGAAGUGAAUGGACUCCUUUGAAUUGCAGUUUUGCGUGUGCUUCUCACGUUACUUGCCACAACUUUAGAAAUCAUGACAAAGUUGCAGUUACUUCUUAGAUGGACGGGUACCCGCCCCUCUCCCCAUUCACUUUCAAUCUUAUUUUUGUUCUAUUCAGUGAAAUGCUGCAUUGCACUCAUUGUCCUUACAAGACUAUUUUUAAGAUUUUGUGUUCCUUGGUAUAGUUGAUUUUAAUUUUAUCAAUUCUUUAUUUGAAUAUUUUCUUUUAAUUGUUGCCAGAGAUGUGUAGCCUAGGCUGCAGCAAAGAGUAUGUGAUUCUUUUUUUUUUUUUUUUUUCAGGUGGACGUUCUCCAUUAAAGAGACAAAAAUGAAAAGCA